AUGGUACUCGAUAUUGAAGUAAUUCGUCAAAAUCCACAACUAGUGCGUGAUUCUCAAAUAAAACGUUACAAAGGCACUGAUAGUGUAGAGCGUUUCAUUACCCUCGACUCUCAAUGGCGUACGAUUCUUUAUCAACUCGAACAAUGGCGAAGAGUAAAAAAUCUUUGUGGACAAAUAGUUGGCGAGAAGAAAAGAGCAAACGAAGGCGAAGGCGAUUGUGGAGAUCUUCCGAAAGAGUUAGUAAUCAAUUUGGAAACCUUGACUACGGAAUACAUUCGAACACUAGCAAUUAAACAAAUUAAACGUUUAAGCGGAUUCGUAGACUCACAAGUUAGUCAAGUUGGAGAACAGCUAAUUCAAAUUGAAAAUGAACGUGAUGGAAUAUUAUAUGAAAUCGGAAAUCUGGUUCAUGAUUCUGUACCUGUCAGUGAUGAUGAAGCUAAUAAUAUCACAGAACGAACUUUCGGAGAUGUUGAAACGCGAAAACCAUAUUCUCAUAUUGAUCUGAUGUAUCGCAUCGAUGGAUAUGAUGGUGAACGAGGAGCGGCUAUAGCCGGAUCUCGAGGAUAUUUUAUGAAGGGACCUGCUGUCUUUCUCGAACAAGCCAUUAUCCAAGUCGCUUUGAAAACACUGAGUGAUAGAGGAUUCGAAGUGCUCUAUACACCAUUUUUCAUGCGCAAAGAAAUCAUGCAGGAAGUUGCUCAGUUAAGUCAAUUCGACGAAGAACUUUACAAAGUAGUAUGCAAAAGUGACAAGCCAGGUGAAUCGAACGACGAAGAAAAAUAUUUGAUCGCUACUUCGGAACAAACUAUUGCUGCUUUUCAUCGGGAUGAGUGGAUGCCAACGGACAAAUUACCUCUUCGAUAUGGAGGUAUUUCGACUUGUUUCCGACGAGAGGCUGGCGCUCAAGGUCGUGAUACUCGUGGCAUCUUUCGCGUGCAUCAAUUUGAGAAAAUUGAACAAUUUUGUUUAACUGCUCCUGACGAUGGUUCAUCGUGGAAACUGUUUGAUGAAAUGAUCGGCAAUGCGGAAGAGUUCAAUCAGAAACUCGGCAUUCCGUAUCGUGUAGUUAACAUUGUUUCAGGUGAACUGAAUAAUGCUGCAGCAAAGAAAUUCGAUUUGGAAGCAUGGUUUCCUGGCUCGGGUAAAUUUCGUGAACUUGUCUCCUGUUCAAAUUGUCUUGACUAUCAAUCAAGACGUUUAAAAAUCCGCUAUGGUCAAGUGAAGAAAAACAAUGAAGCCGUGAAAUACGUGCACAUGUUAAAUGCCACAAUGUGUGCAACAACGCGCACGAUCUGUGCUAUUCUCGAGAAUUAUCAAACUGAUGAUGGCAUUCUUGUGCCUGAAGUUCUUAAACCCUAUAUGCCUAAAAAAUAUUCGGAGAAGAUUCCAUUUGUUAAAGAUUUACCAACUGAACAACAGCAGAAGCCAACAACUACUGUUGAAAAUAAAUAA